GAGAUUUGGAGAUCGCGUUGUCCUCUUAUUUGCUUUGACAUCGUCGAGCUACAUCUCCCGGAUCGUGUCAUGCGUCAAUUCGGUUUGGAGCAGGUAAUUCCGCAAGCCUGUGACACCCAACGUCAACUACAUGCGAUCGAUCGGAGGACUGGGGACAAGAACUACCUCGUACGACAUAGAUCGCAUGUAGAUGCGUGGAACGACCGAGCAUCUACAUUGGUUGGAGAAGAUAACUUCACAGGUCAUAGCUCUGCUAUGUACAUGAGUUGGUACAGGCGCAUCUCCAUAUUACGCCUAACGAACAUCGCAUUUGCGCAGCCAGGAUCACAUUACCAUCCGACAUCUACGUUACUGGCUGAGCGCAUCCGAUCGGUGUUGAUACAAUGUAAUGACACGAUUCAAGGGGCCGCUACAUCGCCAGUUGACGUGGGCUAUCGGCUAUGUUCUCAGACCUUAGGCUCCAUUAAUGCGUCGUUGACCGAUGCAUUGAGUCAAGCGGGUUAUGAGUACCUCAUACCGACUCCACCCGUCAUUGGCGACGUAGAUGACACAUUCCACACUCCUUCUCCAAGGAGUUCAGCCCAUCGAGGUAGCUCUUCCGGAGGAUCCAGUUCUCGGUCCACAAGAGGCCGCCAGCGUUCAUCUACUCAGGGUCGGUCUUCCAGAUCGCCAUCGACAUCCGCUACUAUGUCGCCGUUCGUUCCCCCGUCUUCCAUCAACACUCCUCCGCCACAUCCAUCGCCUCCGCAAAGGAUUAUCACAUAUCAGCGUGCUAGUCAACGACGAGCUCCUACUCUUAAUGUCAUUGCGGAGGUUGACGAGUUCACACCAUCAUCAUCCACCGGUGCGCAAAACAAAAGGGGCCGGGGGUUGUAGUUUAACAAACUUUGGAUAUUCUUAUAUUAUUUUAACUUCUUGUAUAUUCUUGUAUGAUUUUAACUUUGUAUGUUCAUGAUUGUAAUAUAUCUUCGCAUUAUUUUCAUAAUUAAUUUUUUCAAAUCAAGCUGGUUCGUAAUUGAUUAAUAUGGAAUAGAUGGUAUUGAACUAGUUUAAUGCAGGUUACGUUCACUAUUUAGGGGAAAUGAAAGAAAAAAAAAUAUUGUUGCAGGCCACCAGCAAACCGCCACAUGAAGUGGCGGUUUACCAGGGAUCAAAC